AUGGUGGCUCAGGUAGAGAAGAGCUGGUCAUGCAUCAAGAUGCACCAAGAUGGCUUCCCUGACUCCUGUAUCUUUCCAAACAUUUUGGAUUGUGUUGCCAAUCCACCCAAGGGAGACAAGUGGAACCCAUCUCAGUUGAAGUUGCGAGAGGAAUGCCACUGUGCGCAGCACAAGCAGCAGUACGGUUUGAAGGAAGGCUUCAAGACCAAGAACGUCGAGGUCAAACAUGCUCAUGAUGUCGCUGCGAAAUUCCAACAGGUGACAUCCAUCAGCAUCCACGAGAAUGUGCCGGAGUAUGAGGAGGCGAGGAUGUGCCCGCGGCAGUUUGGGCACCCCAACAGACGUUUGCGAGUGUGGCGCAUCCUGUACAACAUGCAAUCAAAGACAUGGACAUCUCGCUACAGUUUGGGGGAAUUGGCCAACAUGAUGUUGGCCCCAAUUGAGGCCAAGUUAGAGCUGGACUUCAACACCUACUUGUGUGCUUCACCCACUGAUUUGGAAGGAUAUCCAGUGCGAGAACAUGAACUUACAAAGUCUCAAGCAGCUCAUCUGCAGAUGUUCCGCGAGGCGCGUCCUGACAAGGCCAUCUAUGAUUUGAGCGCCAAUCCCAACAAGCGAUGCCGAGUGGAGACUGUAGACAAGUGCAUGCCAUGCUUGACAACAAGCGCCCAACUGUGGUCAGAGAAGGCGGGGCGCUUGAUGCUUGGGAAAGAGCAGCUACAUGUCUUGGGCUUUCCGUGCUGGACCAAGGGGGCAUCUGCUGCACGCAUCGAUACUGUGAACGUUGACUACCUCAGUGAGUCGGCACUUCGAUCGAUCUCUGGCAAUGGCAUGAGCUUGCCCUGUGCUGGAUUUGUUUUGCUGAUGACUGGUUUGUGCGUGGCCGACCGCAUGCAGUAG